AUGACAUACGCCUACAGCUACGUCAAGUCACCAGCGGUUUCCAAACUGCUGAAGUCCGUGUUGGGAGAAGGCUUGGUAGUUGCUGAAGGAGAUCAGCAUCGGGUGCAAAGAAAGAUUCUACAGCCGGCUUUCAAGCUUCCAUCUGUCAAAGAGCUGUAUCCGUUGUUCUGGAGAAAGACCAAGGAGUUGGCCCGCAAACUGCAGGAUGCUGCCGAGGACAAAAACACCGUCGAUGUCCUUGAUUACAACAACCGAGUGACUCUAGACAUCGUAGCAGCCGGCGGGUUUGGCAUGGACAUUGGAAGCCUUUCGAAUCCGAAAACUCCGUUCUAUACAGAGUACAUGAAAGGAUUCCUUCCCAGCAAGCACGCACAGGUAUACCGACUGCUGGCUUUGAUCUUCCCCGAGUGGAUACUUGAUACCCUGCCGCUCAAACGCAACCAAGAACUCCGAGGUGCAGUCCGAGCGGUAGGAAGUCGUAUCCGGGAGAAGGUCGCUGAUCUCGACGAAAAGUCAUCGCUCGGCGGUCAAAGUCGCAACGACAUCAUGGAUGUAGUCAGACGAGAUGGCAACGAGUUCGACACGGACAUGUUGGUCAAUCAAUGCUUGACGUUCCUAGGUGCUGGGCACGACACGAUUGCUCAGUCGUUGAACUGGGCCAUAUACGAGUUGAGCGUAAACAAAAACGUCCAGGAGCGACUGAGGCAAGAAGUGAAAACGCAUGUACCUGAACCAGUCGAAACUUCAGAACCAGACGCCGACGCUCUUGCGUGUGUCGAUAACAUGCCGUAUCUUGCGGCAGUAUGCAAUGAAAUUAUACGUCUGCAUCCCCCGAUCCACCAUUUGCACCGGCAAGCGGUCCAUCCGGUCAAUCUCUGCGGCCAUGAGCUCCCCAAAGGCUCGAAAUUCAUCAUCUCGAUUGGUACCAUGAACCGAUCACCUGAACUUUGGAGCACGGAUCCGUCGACGUUUGAUCCUGAUCGGUGGGUCGCAGAUCCAAAUGGCGGAAUGAAGGACAGACAGGCGUUCUUGUCAUUCAGCCAAGGCCCAAGAUCAUGUAUUGGGGAACGGUUUGCGAGAGCGGAGAUGGCGUUCAUCAUCGCGGGCCUCGUCCAGAGUUUUGACAUCGACUUCGCUGGAACUGGCGAAGAUGGUCAGUACGAUGAAGUGAAGCUCGAAUACGGAACGACGACGAGGUUUGAAAGCGGCCUAUUCGUUCGUCUCAAGCGCUUGCAAUAA